AUGGAGUCUCAAAGUGGAAAGGGAGAUCCCAGCAAGUCACCGGUGUCUGCCGGUGGUAAGGGCGAUCCCAGCAAGUCACCGGCGUCUGACGGUGGCAAGGGCAAUCCCAGCAAGUCACCAAUGUCUGACGGUGGCAAGGGUGGUUCCAGCAUGACGGCCAAGCCUCAAAGGCUUCCCAUCAGAAGGCCACCCGAGCAUGCCACAAAAGGGCGGCGCAUAAUGGUGCUCACAAACCAUUUCAAAGUCUCUCUCACGAGAAUAGAUCAGAUAUUCUACCACUAUGAUGUGACUCUGAAGUACGAGGACUGCAAACAGGCUCUCAGAGAAGGAGUGUGCAGAAAGGUGAUGAAGCGGCUGUAUGAGACCUAUGCCUCAGAGCUCGCUUACAAAGUGUUCGCUUAUGAUGGCAAGAAUGGCCUCUUCACCAUUGGGCCUCUUCCAUUUAACAACAAUGUGUUCGACGUAGUUUUGUGCGACACUUCAUCAGGAAAGACUGGAACGAGCCGAAGCCCCGGAGGAGAUGGCAGUCCAGGACCAAGUGACAAGAAGAGAAUGAAAGGAGCAGUGUAUGCCAAAACAUUCAAGGUGGAGAUAGCCUCCACCUCUGCGGCAAGGAUUCCGAUGAGUGCCAUUGCCCAGGAAGCUAUACGGGUUCUCGACAUCAUACUGAGGCAGCAUUCCGCAAGACAGGGUUGUCUCUUAGUCCGACAGUCUUUUUUCCGUAGCGAAUUCGGCUCCAUAGACUUGGGUAGCGGCGUGAUCGGUUGUCGGGGUUUCCAUUCUAGCUUUCGACCUACUCAAAAUGGGCUUUCACUUAACUUUGAUUUAUCCACAACGAUGGUGGUGAGACCUGGUCCUGUGAUUGAUUUUCUGCUAUUCAACCAGAAUAUUAAGGACCGUAAAAGAAUUGAUUGGGGCAAAGCCAAGCGUGCACUGAACAAUCUAAGGAUCAAAACCACUCACAGGAAAGCGGAAUUUAAAAUUGUUGGAUUAUCUGAAAAAACAUGCUAUGAACAGAAGUUCUCACGAAAGCAAGGAGAGGGCAACGGUACUGUGGAGGUAACUGUUUAUGAUUACUACAUGGACCGUUGGUCUAUCAAGCUGGAUAACUCUGCUGAUCUUCCCUGUCUUAAUGUGGGGAAGCCAGAUCGUCCAACAUACCUCCCGCUGGAGCUUUGCCAUCUGCUGCCACUACAAAGGUACAAAAAGUCUCUCUCGACGCUGCAAAGGUCAAAACUGGUUGAGGGAUCCAGGCAGAAGCCGCUUGACAGGAUGUUGACUUUGUCUCGUGCGUUGCGUGACAAUAAUUAUGAUACCGAGCCAAUGCUGAGGGAAUGCGGCAUUUCGAUAUCUCGAGAUCCUAUGAAGGUUGAGGGUAGAGUCCUUCAGGCACCACAGUUAAGCGUUGCACAUGGUAGAGAACUUUAUACACCGAAUGGGAGGUGGAAUUUCAAUAAUGACAGGUUCAUUCGGCCAACUAAAGUGACGACCUGGGGAGUUGUUAAUUUUUCUGCACGGUGCAAUGUUAGUGAUCUUAUCAGGUGCCUUAUGGAAUCUGCUCGCAAGAAGGGAAUUCAAAUAGACAAUUGUGGUGCUAUUAUUGAGGAGGGGGGUGAUAUGAAACGGGAGCGUCCAGCAAAAAGGGUGGAGGCUAUGUUUAAGCAGAUACAAGACAUAUCCAAUCAAAAACCAGCAUUUCUCCUGUGUCUUCUUCCUGAGAAGAACUGUGACAUCUAUGGACCAUGGAAGCGUGAAUGCCUUGCUGAACAUGGUAUCUUCACCCAAUGCUUGGUUCCUCCUGCUAAUAUCAAAGAUCAGUACCUCACAAAUGUACUGUUAAAGAUAAAUGCCAAGCUUGGCGGGUUGAAUUCACAGCUUAAAAGUGAAAUAAACAAAGGCAUUCCUCUGGUGUCAACGAUUUCAACCAUUAUCUUCGGUAUGGAUGUUUCUCAUGGUUCACCUGGACGAUCUGACGUACCGUCGGUUGCUGCAGUGGUUAGUUCCUUGGAGUGGCCAAACAUCUCAAAAUACAGAGCUUCUGUAUGCACUCAGGCACCCAGACUGGAAACGAUUGAUAACUUGUUUAAACAAGUUGGAGACGACGAUCAGGGCCUCAUUAAACCUUCACUACUCGAAUUCUACAAGUCCAGUAGAGGGAAGAAACCAGAACAAAUUAUCAUUUUCAGGGAUGGAGUAGGUGAGAGCCAGUUUGAUGACGUGCUGAACACUGAGCUAGCUGAUAUCAUUGAGGCAUGCAAAUUUCUUGAUGACGAAUGGUUACCCAAGUUCACGGUGAUAGUUGCACAGAAGAAUCACCACACAAGAUUUUUCCCGCACAAUGACAAUGAGCGUAAUCCUAAUGGGACUACAAGGCCAACACACUACCAGGUGCUCCAUGAUGAGAUAGGCUUCUCUCCUGAUGAGCUGCAGGAGCUCGUGCAUUCCCUCUCCUACGUGUAUCAGAGGAGCACCACAGCAAUCUCAGUAGUUGCUCCCAUCUACUACGCACACCUUGCAGCGGCGCAGGUGGCGAAGUUCACCAGGCUGGAUGACAUGUCAGAGACAUCGUCGAGCCAUGCUACCCAGGCUGCACCUGCCCUGGUGCCAGAGCUACCUCGUCUGCAUGACAAAGUAGCGUCAUCGAUGUUCUUCUGCUAA